AUGAGAGCACGAAACGGGAGCCGGAUAGCCAACUCUCCUCUAAACCACCACUUUCCCGAGAAAAUCGGGAAGGGAGACCCAGAGUCGCCUUCCCACACCCCUAGCCCCCCGAUAAAGAGCUCCUCCGCAGACUCGGCGGGACCCCACGCCCUGCCUUGCUCACCGCGGCGGGGGAGGGGAGAGCGCCCCACACAGGAAGUGCAUCCUGCGCCCCGAGCUCGCGCCCCGCCGCCGGGUACCUGCCCCGGGCCCCGGGCCGCCUGCAGGCGACAGGCAGCCGCAUCCACAUGGCCUCAGGUGCUGGCGCGGCCCCUCCCCGGCCCGCUCCAAGCCCGGCCCUCCACCGCGCCUGCCUCGCCUCCAGCCCGCAGCCAAGAGGUCAGCAACGCCGGUCCCCGCGGGGCUGCCAGGAGCGCGGACCCCUCUGCACCCCAGGCCGCGACGAGCAGCUCUCGAGGACAGCUGCCAGAGCACAUGUGGAAUGCCUUGGGAACAGACAGCAGUCGGAGCCGUGAGUUCUCCAACUCACAGUCAGUCCUUGACGCCAGCCAGCCUCCUUUGCGUGAGCCACCUCCAUCCCCACCGCCAACUAACCGCAGCCCGUGAGCGCUUUUCCCUGGCCUGACCGUGUGCAGUGGCGGACUGCCGGGUGGCUUCUGAAGGCCCACUCUCCUGGAUACAAGGCCCUCUCCUGGCUUAGCUCACAUUGCCAACCUCCACUCCCUCGCUUCAUUGUCUCUGCCAAACCAAACCAGUUGUGUCCCUGUCCUGUGCUGGCCUAUUCCCAGAGGCAGAGGCGCCUGCUCCUCUUGCUUCGAAGAGACUGAAAUUACACCUUGCUUUCUGGGGUCUGAGUCAAAUGCUGCCUCCUUCACAAGCUCCACCUUAACUGUUCAUUCAUUCAUUCAUUCACUCAACACUGAUAGAGUCUGUAUCAUCUGCCGAGCACUGAAUAAAGGGUCCUUGUUGUCACGA